AUGGCGAGGAGGCGGGAGAAACGUUUAUCGGCGGCUGAGAAUUCGGAACGGCGGAAGAACCAAGACGAGGCAAAACCUCGAGAUGAUCAACUCGGAGAACAAGACUCGGAUCGGAGACUCAUCGCCAUUUUCGUGAUCUUCUUCAUAGCCAUUCCCACCGUUUCGAUGGUCGUGUACAAAGUCAAAUUCGCUGAUCGAGUCAUCCAUACGGAAUCAUCAAUACGCCAAAAGGGAAUUAUUAAAACAGUUAUUGAUUUCCAAGAAAUCCUCACUGAACAUUCCAAGGCGUCAGAGAAUUCAUCAACUAGGCACUAUGAUUAUGCAGUGUUAGGAUACAUUACACCAUGGAACUCUAAAGGCUAUGAUAUCGCAAAGAUAUUCAACUCCAAGUUUACACAUUUAUCACCGGUAUGGUACGACCUGAAGAGCCAAGGAUCUGGCUUGGUUUUGGAAGGGAGACAUAAUGCUGAUAAGGGAUGGAUCCAAGAGCUUCGAUCAAGAGGCAAUGCAAUGAUAUUACCAAGAGUUGUUCUAGAAGCAUUUCCUGGGGAGCUGCUCAGGAAAAAGAAACUAAGGCAGAAAGCUAUCGACCUUAUUGUCGCUGAAUGCAAGGAAAUGGAAUAUGAUGGUAUCGUGCUAGAGUCUUGGUCAAGGUGGGCAGCUUAUGGCGUUUUGCAUGACCCGGACAUGCGGAAAAUGGCACUGCAAUUCGUAAAACAACUUGGAGAUACACUUCACUCCACGAGCUCGUGGAGAAGUAAGCAUAUGCAGUUCAUGUAUGUCGUUGGUCCAGCUCGUUCAGAGAAGCUCGAAAUGUACGAUUUUGGGCCAGAGGAUCUUCAGUUCUUGCAAGAUUCGGUUGAUGGGUUCUCUCUUAUGACCUAUGAUUUCUCAAAUCCCCAGAACCCUGGUCCUAAUGCUCCUCUCAAGUGGAUAGAUCUCACCCUCAAGCUCCUACUUGGCUCAUCCAACAACAUAGAUUCAAACCUGGCCAGAAAGGUUCUUCUUGGUCUCAACUUUUACGGCAACGAUUUUGUAAUCUCUGGAGAUUCAGGAGGCGGAGGAGCAAUCACCGGAAGGGAUUACCUCGCAUUACUCCAGAAACACAAGCCAACUUUCCAGUGGGAUAAAGAGAGCGGCGAGCAUAUUUUCAUGUAUAGAGAUGAUAAGAACACCAAGCACGCUGUUUUCUAUCCUACAUUGAUCUCGAUCCUUCUACGGCUUGAGAAUGCUCGUCUCUGGGGUAUUGGCAUUUCCAUCUGGGAGAUCGGACAAGGUUUAGAUUAUUUCUUUGAUCUUUUGUAA